AUGCCGACGGCUUCUAACAACCAAAUUAUACUUCGAUGCAAUGGCGCGGACAAAGGCGUAAUAAGCGGGAGUGCGACCGCACCAUCGAAGAUAUGCACGAGCCGCCACUGUCAACAAGACAAUUUCAAGAAUUCUGUGGGCACUGUGGACCAAGCAAUUCGCGAAAGAAAAAUAUUUACCGCAGUAGCUAAAAUGCCGGCCGAGAUUCAGAUGACGUUAAUCAAGAAUGGCUGGAUCGGCAUAAUUAAGGACGACAACAAUUUUCGAAACAGUGAUGGUCCCACCGUAAUAUUAUCGUUACACAAUAACGUCGAGCGCGUCAAAACGGUCGUCAAGCGUUACGAAUCCGGCCUGGUGUGGACAGACGCGCACAGCGGCGGCAUCAACUGGAUGACGUUAAACCCGGACGUCGUGAUUAACCGAUUCCCAAGAGACGCAAACGCCGCGUUAAAGCUAUGCGGCCACACUCUGGCCGGAAAAUCUGAAUUCGAUGUCCACUAUCCUAGAGCAUACCGGGCAUGCGCCGACGAGUUGCACGCUGACCUUAACUUUGUAUCGGACUAUUCAUUAACCGCUUGCGUGUCACUACUACGUGCAUUUGUGGACGGCGAUCAUCAAGCCAUGUGCGCCAAAAGUGGUCAAGCUCCUCUUUCGGCACUCCAUUUCGCCGCGACUAAAUGCCAAAAAUACUUAACGGGCGAUGGAUCGCUAAGGGCGUCAGAGUUUUCGGGCAAGGGAGCUGGCUGGGAAACGUUUUUCGAACAUUACUACAUGAUCGUGCACGACAAAAAAAAGUUCACUGUGCCGGGGACGGGUGACGACGUUGACGCGGCGCUGCGUUACCUGGCAGCGUCUAGUAGACUGAUCGUGAAUCAGAUGACAGCGGUGAGGCCGCAGACGGCGAUGGACGGCUACAAGAACAUUUGGAUAGUCAAGGACACGGCGGGCCAUCGUCGCCGGCCGGUGAUGUUGAACAAGAUCGGUGACGUGCUGAACCGGUGCGCGCGACCAGGUGACGCCGCAAACCGCAUCGUGCAGAAGUACAUCGAGACGCCUCUUUUGCGUAACAACGUCAAGUCGGACGUAUACACGUGGAUCGUGCUAUCGACGCUUGGCGGCCGGCAGACAACUUGGCUGCACCGGACGUGCGUUGUACAACCAUACGCACACGGAUUUUCGCUGUACCGGGAUUCCUCCAGGUCCGGGCACUUUGACCGGUUCAAGACGGGAGGGCUGCAUGGUAUGCUGCGGUCGACGGCGCUGAUUUUCGGCCUCAAGCAGCUGGGAGCGAAGAUGCGGCGUGGCGCUAAAACGAACAGGCUGCUGCAACAGCAACGGCGGGUGAACGAAGACGACCGUACUGACGGCGAGAACGUCUACACGGCGGUCAAGCGGUCCGCGGUGUCGGCGGUGACCGCGGCCGUGGCGUCCGGCUCCAUCAAUCUGCGACCUAAUUGCUUGGAGCUGUUUCGUGGAACGUUCGUGUUGGGCGACGAUUUGCGGCCGUGGCUAAUCGACAUAGUGUCUGACGACCCAUGUCUGGCCGCUGACUGCGAGGAACGUGACCGGCUGGCGGCGCCCGCGGCCACUCGCGUGAUACGGAGUGUAGUGCAAGGCGUGGCCAAGAUGCUUGUCGAUAGCCGCCGCCGAGGCCGGGCCACCAGGUUUGGCAUGUUUGACAUGGUGCACGAGUGCCCAUUGCCGGUGGGCGCCGGAUCAUACGUUCCGCGACUGUUCGUCGUCGCGCCCAAGUCGUCAAUUACUAAAAGACAAGGAGCCGCUAAAAGUACUCACCGGUCGCGCUUGUCCGCACGUACAGCGUCGCGCACCGACCACCCGAACGCCUAUCACCAACAGUAUUGGUGGAAUGACGAUAACAUCCACACGUACGUUGAGAUGAUUAGCGCGGAAGACGUGCAGGAUAAACCGCUGCAACGAGCGCCCCGUUUGUCAGCCGGUCUGCUGACGGCGAUGGCGGACAACGCGGAUCUGUUUGCCGGGUCAGCUAAAAACCGUGAUCUUUGCGAUCCUAACGAAAAUCGUAGGUAUUUAAAGUUUUUGGAUAAAUACAAGACGAAAAUCACGUCUGCGCAAAGAGUUUAUAAAUCAAUCAUACGCCGAGACUGCAAUAAUAAAAAACGUUAUACAUAAUGUGAUGAAUUUCGAUUAUUAUACAUUGUACGCCAUAUACCUAUGCGUAUAUACGGCGGACGGCGGUAAAUAUAAACUAUUAUAUAAUAUUAUAUAAUCUAUAUAAAUAUAAAAUUUCUGUUAACAAUAAGUUUAGAUGAUGAGUGAUGACUAUAGCCGUCAUGCAGUGAAACUUUAAUACAAAAUAUAGCAAUACAAAUUGUGCCGCAACAUAAUAAUAAAACCAUUUUUUCCUCGUUACUCGAAAUUAUUUCGGUGGGAGGGGGGGUUGAACCCCAGCCCUUCCUGUGUAGUGCCUGUGUAUAUAUAUAAUUAUAUAAAUGUAUAAUAUAUACAUAAAUGCGGUCCAAUUCUAAUGUUUAGAUACAUAUAAUAUUAAUAUAAUAUGAAAUUAAAUAAGUAUGA